AUGGAAAGUGCAGCAGACUUACGGGUUGCGGAUUUAAUCGACACAAAUGGUGAGUGGGAUGAGCUAGCUCUCACUACACAUUUUGUUGAGGAGGAUGCGAGACUCAUACGCGAAAUCCCCUUGAGUAAGCGCCAGCCUGAAGAUGUAAUGUACUGGUGGCCCGCGACGAAUGGAGUCUAUUCGACAAAAUCCGGUUAUUGGAUGGGACGGCUGGGUCAUAUUCGAGGGUGGCAGGAUCGGUUUGGUGGAGAUAAUGGUGAUAUUUGGAGGGCGAUAUGGAAUUUGGGUGGCCCCCCUAAGCUUCACCACUUUGUAUGGAGGGCUUGCACUGGAGCUUUGGCGACCCGCGGUCGACUCAUGGAUCGUCAUAUCAUUGAGGAUGGGACUUGUCCACACUGUAAUGCGGGUAAGGAAACUAUUGUGCAUACUAUUUUCCGUUGUCCUUUGGUGAAAUCAAUUUGGGAAUCCUCCCCUUUUCUUUGUUACGUAGCGGAGGGGCCGGGAGAAUCUUUUAUGGCUUUGUUUGCUUGGCUGAGGUCGAAGUUGGAUGCUAAUGGGUUAUUGGAAGUUAUGGCGCUAGCAUGGGGUGCUUGGUCAUAUCGCAAUUCUGUGGUACACUUGGAGCCUUGGCAGAAUAUUGAUGUGGGAGUUGCGGGGUUUCAAAGACUCGUUAUGGACUACCGCACGUAUGCGAAUGCGGUUCACCGUUCGCCACCAUUCGGAGGAGUGAUAUCGCGAGCAAGCUGGAUACCACCGGGUGUGGGGAGGUUCAAACUAAACACUGAUGUAGCUAUGCUGGAGGAGGGGAGUGUCGGAAUGGGGGCGGUGGUGCGUUGA